AUGCCGGCGCCCUGGGGAGCCGCCAAGGUGAGUCCGCGGGCUCCGCCGGCAGCCGGCCACCCUGAAGUAGGGCCGGGCAAAGAACACCACGGCACCGACCGAAACGCCCCGGCCCCACAGAGCGCCGAAACACGCCCCGCCCCCCGGCACCAAGCCCCGGCGACCGGCCGCAACACCCAUCGCAACCGCACCACCCUUGAAAAACACACAGGCGGCCGCGCCCACAGCCGGGGCCCACGCGCAUCCGCCGCUAACUGGACGCAAGCGCCGCCGAACCCCCCCAAAACGCCCCCCAGGCCAAAAGCGCGGCCCCACCCUACCAAGACAGACGCCAACAGCACGCAACCAGCCCGCGGGCAGCACAGAGCCAGAGCGGAGCGAACCACGCCGCUCCACCACCGGGCGAAGCCAGAGCAGCACGGCCGCAUCCGCCGCCCCCCCUCGCCGCUUGCACAAGCCAACAACACGCGGUCAAGCACCUCCGCCGCCCUGGCCCCCCGAUGCGCGCCGGCCGGAGCCACUCCAGCCCCCACCCGCCCCGCAGCCACACCCUCCGCGAUCAGCGGGACCAAAGCAGCUCCACCAUGCCUCCAAACGGGAAAACUCACCCGAAAACCCAAUCAGCGCAGCCAGCCCAUCCACACAAGCCCCCCAACACCAAACCUGACGGAGCCACCCAGACCCCCACACACCAGCGGCAUGCCGCCAGCAGGACCCCCUCCCAACGGGGCUGCCCUCCGAGAGAACAGACAUGCCAAUCCCCCCCGGAAAAAGAACGGCAAGCAGAAAAGCCACCCCAAUGCGACAGUAGACACCAGACACGGACCUGCCCGCAACCGCUCCUCCCAACGGGAUAAAAAAUAA